UUCGGCUGCCGUGUGACAAUGGCGCUCGCAUUUGUCGUCUACAUGCCCUACAUAGCAGCGCAAUUCCAUCCACGUUUCGAAACAUUGAUACCCGCCGGCUUGAUGGUGGGCUUCGGUGGUGGUCCAUUAUGGUGUUCGAAAUGUACAUAUCUCUCCACAGUAUCGGAGGCAUUGACCAAAGUACGUGGUCGUUUCUCGCUGAAGGAUGUCAACACCGUCAAACUGUUUGGUCUCUUCUUCAUAUUCUAUCAAAUGGCACAGGUGUGGGGUAACUUAAUCUCAUCAUCAGUGUUAUCCUUUUCCAGCUCCGAUGACAGUCACACAGGUGUGAACAUUUCCUCGAUAGCUAAUAUAUCACUGGCGCCUUUUGAGGAAGCACAGCAAGAUCGGGUCACGGAGUUGUGCGGUGCCCGUUUUUGUCCUGGAGUCAGCGCUGAAGUAAUACCAAACUUGAGUCCACCCGAUCCUGCCAAAAUACAGUUGCUCACCUCCAUUUUUCUUGUCUGUAUGGUCGUCGCAGUAUUGCUGAUGUUCUUCGCUGUGGACUCAUUGAGUCGUUAUGGCGUUAAGAAAGGUGAGGCGGGUGAUGGCAUGUCUGGUUUCAAGCUCUUGAUGGUGACCAUUAAUUUGCUGCGCAAACGGCGACAGAUUCUACUGCUGCCAAUUACGAUGUUUAUAGGUCUGGAAGAAGCUUUUCUAGCUGUGGACUAUACCAGGUCUUUCGUUGCUUGCGGCUGGGGAAUUUCAAAUAUUGGCUUUGCAAUGAUUUGCUUUGGUGUGGCCAAUGCUAUUGCUGCAGGCGUCGCUGGUGGCUUGGUGGAGAAAAUUGGACGUGUCAGCUUAGCACUUAUUUGUGCCUUAAUCAAUUUGCUGCUGCUUGGCUACAUGUCCUUGUAUACGGCUCGUGAAAACGAUUAUCUUAUGUACUGCGCUUUUGCUGCUGUGUGGGGAAUUUGCGACGGCAUCUGGCUGGUUGUUGUCAAUGCUUUCUAUGGUAUUCUUUUUCCCAAAGACCUUAUCGCAGCGUAUAGUAAUUUUCGUUUAUGGGAAUCGACUGGUUCUGUGAUUGGUUAUGUGAUCAGUUCGCAGCUUUGCACCUCCACGAAGUUGAUUAUACUUCAGAUUGUGCUCCUUGUAGGCUGCACAGGUUAUGGGCUCAUAGCAGUGACGACUGCUCUAAGUGAAUGGGGUGAAUGGGGUGAAUGGAGUGAAUGGGGUGAAUGA